UUUAUAUAGCGUAGUUUUAGAUAUGUAUAUAGGGUGCAAGGCUGCAAGCGGAUCGUAUUUGGAGAUAACUAUCACACCCGCAUACCCUCCGCUGCUUGUGCAUCCAUGCCGAAGAUAUCAGUUGCCUUACCUUCUUAUCGUAAUUAUAUGUUAGGACCUCACGACAAUAGCAUUUGACACUGAUAGAGCCCCAAGCAGAUCGCUACUUCAGUAGGCAUAAUGGCCAGCUUCCAACCCCCAGUGUUUAGCACUGCUAAACUUCUACAGUGUAUGAAUGAGAUAGGCUUUCCUAUGUCGGAACAGGAUCUCAAGAACCCUCAACCGGAGGAGCUCAUGUCUCUGUACCAAUCAUUAGUGGAAGAAUUGCUGGGCGUGCGCAAGAUCGACCACUGUCAACCGGAUCUCAGAGCGAGCGACUGUCUGUCACAUCCCGAUCUGUACGAAGAAGCUAUACCACAGCUGGUGUUCUACAAAGCUCUUGUGCGGUUCAUGGAGGUGUGUGGGAUCAAGGACUUUUCGUUCAAAGAUGUAGCCCAGCCAGAGUUCCAGCGAAUCCGCCGGAUCUUCUCGGCGGUGUACAACUUCUAUGUGUUCAGGCAUGGCCGGCUACAGAAGUACGAGAGUGUGCUGCAAGAGACCGAGGUGCUCGCUGAAUCACAAAAGGAAGCAGAGGCUCAGCUCAAGGCCCUGGAGUUGGAGGUGAGUAUGUUACGAGCAGCGCGUGACAAAGAAGAACCCGAUGUGGAAGCUGUGCGAACCGAAAUCAGCGGACUCGAUGAGGAGUUGCAGAAACUAAAUAUGAAGCAGGCCCGACAACGGGCAGAUAUCAAAGAGAUUGAUGAGGUGACGAAUACCUUUACUCUUGAAUUAGCCGAGCUCACGGCACAGUGUGUGGAUCUGCGGAAGAAGAAUGACACCCUCAAAUCGAAAGUGGUGCAAUCGCCCGACAGAAUGAAACGAGACAUCAUCAAUCUACAGCAACGGGUGGAAAAAGAGAAAGAGAACAUAUUUGAACAAGACCGAACUGCCCGGGAAUUAUCCGUUAAGCAUGCUAAGUUGAUCGACACCGACAAGGAGCUGAAUAAGGUUAUGCAUCUGAUGUCCGAGGUCCAGUCAGAGGAAAGGAAGCUCGAAAACAUCUCAGUGAUGAAGGAGAAGGUCAUGAACGAAAUUAAUAUAAAGGUGACUCAGAACGAAGACGUCCUAGCGGAAGAGAGGCACAUAAAGAAGCAGAUACAACACAUGCAAUCGAAGAUUGCCAAGGUAGAUCAGACAGCGAAUCUCCGAAAGUGUGAAGCAGAGGAGCGUAUGGAGCAUCUCAGACAAAAGAAGGAAGACAACGAGGCACUGGUGGGUAGCCGACAAGCCAAGAUAGACAUCCUCAAAGACAAGGCCGCAAUGGAACAAGCCGCACACGCAGACGCCAUGCGCAAUCUGUUGUCACAAUACGGCGGCAUCACCAGACAGAUCGAUGGGUUUACACACGACCUGGAGAGAGCCUGUCAGGCAUCCUCACAUGUGGGCGCAGUCAAGCGGUGAGGCACGAGAUUGUGGUAGAAGCCGUCUAGCAGCUACCUUUAUGACAAAUAGAGUAUAAUGCAACCAGGAAGCAGACCACAUCACUUCGCUGGGAUUAAAAACCCUUUUGUGCUGCUACAAACUGGCUAGAACUAAGCAAGCGCUCACACCAAAGCGUAGGCGGGGGUCGGUGACAGUUCCGAGGUCGACAAUGGUCCUGUGCAUGAUAUUUAGGUACUGGUUCAAAACGCCCGUGACAUUGCCGAUAGUCCUUUAAUGCGAACAAAUUGUCUACGAAUGUCGCGGCUGGCUACAUCUCGUUGGUCCAGACCGACUCUCAGGGACGCAACGCACACUGUACACUCUGCUGUGCCAGGCAAUGCAGGUGUCGCCCGAGUGCUAAGCAUUGUUGCCUACCAGUAUCGAGGUGUGACUUUCCCGGAAACAGCAGCUAACUUCUAUUCGAAAAAGCGUUGGUAGCCUGGACUAAGUGGCUGCAAGUUCAGAUAUAGGUGUUUCCAACCUGUACUGUUUGACUAUUUUUUUUUUGCGUGGGUCCUAGAACUCUCGAUUCACGACUGCAAACCAUGGAAGGUGUUAAUGGCCUGAUCCUAAAGGCUGACAUCCAUGUUCGAGUCAACGACAUUGCAGCGAUCCUACAUCAUCACGCUGCAUUGAGUGUUGCCAAUGAGUUCGCCAUAUCGAGCGGACGAUGUAGUCGACACUACGUGCAACCUAAUGCACCUGCUGACGCCGUAGUAUCACCGACUAACAGCACCAUAUAUGGAAUGUGUGCUUGAGUAAACUUCGCCUGGUAAACAACCAAUUAAAUUCACAUACUUUCC